UAACCCACACCCCCACCAAACCCAACGAAGAAAAAGAAACAAGAUCGAUCUUGAACCCUUUGAAACUAACUACCUCCCAUCCCAUUCUAUCCACCACCGAAUAAUAUAUUAUCGUCAAAAAUCCAAAUUCAACUUCCUAUAGUUCGAGCCCAUCUACGUAAAAAGAAAAAAAAGGUACAACGAGCCCGGCCAGUUGGUCAGACAAACAUCAUACUUUCCAUAAUCUCAUAAUGGAUGCAUUGAGGGGGUCUUCGCCUGCUAAGAACUCAGCGGGUUGUGAGUCACCUGAACAACUACUUGAUUCCUUCAAGGCCGCAGCAUUAUCCGUCACUAAGCUCUACAAAACAUCCGUCGCCGCCCAAACAAAGGCCCGAGCAGAUGGCUAUCAAGAUUGCCUUGAUGACCUCUUAGCCUUUCUCGACAAGUCCAACAUUGGUGUGAGCGAUGGCGAAGGCUGGCUCGUUCGGAAAUGGGCGACCGAACGUCUAGACGGACGAGACAUAUCACCCCAAGCGAUCGAAAGCGAGGACGAAGUAGAAAAGUCGGACCCCAUAUCGUCGCCGGAAAUUCACUCGGGUAGCCAAGCGCAUCUGUCUACGAUGAGGAACGAAUCCCACUUACAACAAGAGUCUCUCCCCACAUCCGCACAUCAAUCGACCGUCGACUCUCCCAUAGGCGAACAACAAAUGAUUACCGUUCCAACGCAGGACACCUUCACCUUUCGCGCGUCGCACCCGUACCCUCAAGAACCAUACCUAAAUUUGGAGAAUCUGGACCUUUCGGACACGACUAGGACGAACGACGGCUCUACCCCGGGCUCUUCUGCAGUUCCCAUCCCUCACCCGGCUCGCUCGCGCACCAACAAACGGGGACCCAGGCCGAAACCUACGAAUCAUCUCGGGAAGGGAGCUGGUCAGAAGCGGUCAAUUAACUUCGCGGAGCUAUUCAACGUGGGCGAUAUACCAUUCGGAAAGGACAUGUUCGGAAGAGAAGGGAAGAGAAGCCGGCAUAACUGAUCGAGAACAGACCACCAAACAUUUUUCUUGAUCUGCCUACUUCACUUCACUUCACUUCACUCCUCCGCUUUCCCCCCCAUCGUCGGAUAAGGGAUACGAGAUUACACAGCACGCCGACUACGACGCUUGACGAGUUAAACUGACGGGUUCAAAUUAGUAUUGGAAUGGGAGAGGGAUAGGGAGGAGCAUCGCAUGGUAGCGCUGGCAAAGCAUUUUUGAGGCGUUGAUUACAGACACACACACACACCAUGGCUGACAUCGGUUUUUGUUGUUUGUCCAGAGAGGGCGUCCCGGAAAUUUUUGCUACGUUUGCUUUCCUAUAGAUCAAGGUCAACCAAGUCAAAUCAAUACCAACAAAAAAUACAACCCAUUUGUUUCGUACCCGCGAAAAUUCUAUGUUUUGUUGUCUUCGUCGACGGCCUACGCGUUACUGUUAUUGUUGUUGUGAUGCAGGACUACUAAUGUGUAUAUACGAUCACGUGAACGAAACCAGUAAUCGCAGCCCAGUGAGACUCGUAUAGGUACCUAACCUAAUGUAUGUA